AUGCCUCCAAAAGGAAAAGGUAGGGUGAUCCCACCAAAGCAGAAAAGGAAGAUGGUUUUGCCGCAUAAGGUGACUCAAGCAGCCAAGAAUGCACAUAAUGCAAGGCAUCUAGAACUAGAACAACAUGAUGUGGAGCAGAUGGAUGUGGAGCAACAAGAUGAAAGACAAGUGGAAGUGGAACAACAUGAUUCUGGACAAGUGGAUGCGGAGAUACAAGACAAUGAGAAUCCAAAAGAUCCACCUAUAACUAUGGUGCCAACUCCAGAUUUUAGGCCACAUGAGGCAAUAGAAACAUCUUUACAUGUCAGAGAUCCUUCCUCAUCAGCUCAAGGUUCACGACAUAUGUCGGAUCCAAACACUCAAUCUGGUUCGCUACAUGUGCAAACCAGUGAUGAUCUGGUGCAAGAAUCAAGACACUCUUGUCAUGAGAUUCAUAAGACAACUGAUGGGAGGCCCUAUAUUUUUCCAUAUGGGAGAGGGUGGAACCCGUGUAGGGUGGCCUCGAGGGCCCUUACCAAAGUAAUUGAGUCACAAUUCCGUAAGGCAUGGAUUAGUUGGAGGGAGAUACCAGAUAAAAGGGUGAAUAGGAUGUUCACGAAAUUUGGGAAAAUAGUUGCUUGGCGGCCUGAGGAUGAGUUUGAACUCAAGAGUAUCUUUAAGAGCAAAGGCUCAAAGCGCCUCUCAGAGAUUCUGAUGGAUGCAAGGAAGAAACAAGAACGUCCAUCUUGGAUGGGAGAGGGUGCUUGGAAAGGGCUCAAAAUUAAAUGGGAAACACCAGAGUAUAAGGUCAAAGCUGCCAGGAAUAAGAAAAAUCGGGCAUCUGCUAAGGGUGGAUCUGUCCAUACGGGUGGCUCCAUAUCCACAAAUGAGCACAUCAUACGAAUGCGUCGGGAAUUAGGUAGAGAGCCCACAUUAGAUGAAGUCUUCUUAAGGACUCAUACAAAAAAGAAGGACUCCUCAUGGGUGGACGAAAGAUCAAAGAAGACAUAUGAAACAUUUCAAGAGAAGCUAAAACACGCCUCUCAAGUAGGAGAGACAUCAAAUAGUGGCCCUAAGGAAGUUGAUUCUGCAACUCGACUAAAUUUUUGGGCUGAAGCUGCCGGUGGAAAGACUAGAGGGCGUCUCUAUGGUGCUGGUGACUUGUCUAAGCAUUACAAGCCAGGUGUUUCCUCGUUAAUAACCCAACAGUCACGUGUAUCUACAUGUAGCGGUCAAGUUUCUGCUGAGAUUGCUGCACAAAUGGCAACAAUUGAAGAGAGAGCAAAUGCUGCAGAGGAAGAUGCUCGAGUUGCACGAGAGGAAUGUCGCAAGGCAAAUAAACGCACACAAGAUUUGGAAAGACAAUUGAGGGAAUUAGCUGAAAGUGUUGCUUCUAUCAAAGGUGACAAACGUCGUCGUCGUCAUUCAGACUAUGAUGAUGACUCCGACAGUGAUGAUGACUCUAUUGGAAGCAUUUAA